AUGCCUAGGACCCCCAAGGCAGCUCCGUACAGGAGGGGAAGGGUGCCCGUCGACAAUGGUUACGAUUCUUACGACGAGGAACCGCCCUCCGGCGGAAGGGAGAGAGAGGGGGAGAGGGAAAGUUCCGCGCGUGGUCGCAGUCCGAGGUCAAACCACCAAUCGAGGACACGCCGUGUCUACGAGUCGAGGCGGUCUUCGCGGUAUUCGGAGUCCGCCUCCGAGACGGAGUCGGACGAGGAAUCCGAGACCAGCGUCUCCACGCAAGAGGAGAAGCGGGAACGACGUCGGGGCAGGGACAGGCGGGAGAGGGAGAGAUGCGAGAAACCGGCACGUCAGACGGUCGUCGAGCGGCGACGGCCGCCGGCGGACGACAAGACGCCGAAGCGCCGCAGGAAGAUCAAGAAGAUCAUCUACAUGGAGGAGGACGGCUCUACGGAACCCACGCCACGGCAGUCUAUGGACGAGUACAGCCGCUCGCCCUCUCGGCACCGUUCUCACAUCUCGCGGCCGGCAUCAGAUCGGCACUACUCGAGACAGCGUUCCCACAGCCCGGGCCGGAGAUCAAACCACCAUCGCCCGUCGCCCAAGACGUACGAAAUCUCUAAGCCGCCCAGCUCCUCCAAGAGGUUGGUGUAUGAGAUUCACCCGGCUCGGGGCGAAUCUGACUUGAUCCUGAGCAGAAACCCAAGGAGACACCCGUCCCAGACCAUGUACCCAGAGACCCGCACGAUCCGCCGCUCCAACACGGUCUCGGGGGCAUCGCAUGUCACGUCGCACACGCACAGCACGGCCUCGUCCAACAGGCGUUCAUCUAGCUUCUUGGGCAACCUGCUCACGGGGAGCUCCGUCUCCUACUCGUCCGAGAAGACGGCCAGGGUUGAGUGCGUUGUGUGCAUGGACGAUUUCCCGUCGAGCAAGAUUGCAAAGCUCAAGUGCGGACAUCGGAUGUGUAGCGGAUGUCUGAAGAGGCACUUCAAGAUCUCCAUCACUGACCCGCAGGAAAUGCCUCCCAAGUGCUGCUCCGAGAACAUUGCCCUAAAACAUGUCGACCACCUGUUCUCGGCCGAGUUCAAGAAGAAGUGGAAUCGAAAGUUCCAAGAGUACUCGGCGCGAAACCGCAUCUACUGUCCCUCGAGAAAAUGUGGCGCCUGGAUCAAGCCAAGUUACAUCCGCAAAGAAGGAGGUCGCAAAUACGGCAAGUGUGGCCAGUGCCGGACCAAAGUGUGCUGCUCGUGUAACGGCCGGUGGCACUCGUCGAGGGAAUGCCCAAACGACGAGGAGACGACAAGAUUCCUGGACCAGGCCAAGGACGAGGGCUGGAAGCGAUGCUACAAGUGCAAUCACAUGGUUGAGCUCAAGGAAGGCUGCAACCACAUGACAUGCCUCUGCGGAGCACAGUUCUGCAUGGUAUGCGGCACAAAGUGGAAGAGCUGCGAUUGUCCCUGGUUCAACUAUGAUACAGCGGACGUGGACCAACUGCGUGACAUGCAGAUGCCAGCUGCGAUCGAACGCAUGGAGCGGCUGGACCUGACCGAGAGCUCGAGGAGUAUGCGGUCAACUGCUGCCUCCAGUGCACCGCCGCUGCGGUCUCGGUCGCAAGAGUACGACAGCAGACUGAUGCGGCGAUUCCAGGAGAACCGCGACGAAGGCCUUGCGCGGGCGCUGCAGAGUUACGAGGUGGACGAUGACGUUUACGACAGAGGGUACGGGGAUAUUGUCGGUGUCGGCAACACGGCGGGCCAUUUCAUGAAUGACGACUAUCGCAGAGAGCCCGAGGCAUUUGCAUCCGCACCCGUGCCGCCGGCGCCAACGCCACCGGCGGCUUUUGAACGCCCGGCGCCGACGGACUACAUGUCGGGGGUCAAUAGGGCGAGAGGCGUCCCCCCCGACCCCUUGGGGCAGCGCCUCGCCGAGCGCUUUUCAGAGUUCCGUUCGAGCCCGAGUGGCCCCCGGCCGGGGAUGAUGCCACCGCCACCGGUGCCACCCCUCGGGCCACUGGCUGCUCCCCCAAUGGGACCUCUCUCCAUGGCGGCGCCAAUGAUGAUGGGCCCCCCUCCGCCAAUUCCGUUACUGAGGAGGCACACGAUAGAGGAGGAGAUGUACAACAGGACCACGCGGCCAUCCGAGCGGGUGGUACCGGGGCGGACAGUACACGAUUACGAGAUGGAGGCAGCGGUGCAUGCGCCGCGGAGCCGGAGACGAAUGCGAGAAGAGCCCAAGUCGUCGACGCUCGCCGGGCUCACGGGGGUGGGCCGCGGCAUGAACCGUGUGCACGAAUGGCGAAACCAUGUGCGGCCAGGCAUGCCCGAGGGGGAACCGACGGCCAUGGCCUGA